UCGUCCAACGAACUCUCCCUCUGUCUUCCCCUGUCUUCCUUUACUCACAGUUGAAUCACUCGACAAUCAUGAACAGGGAAACCACACAGGCGGCAGCAACCAGCCCACUUCUCGGCCGGGGGGAGCCAUCGGAAGCGCUUCCCUGCUCCUCCUCCUCCUCCGCCUCUGCUGCGACGUUCCCGCUCGUACUGAGCACUUUCAUUGCUCUCUGGGGCUCCUACAUCUUCGGAAACGCUUUGGGCUACUCAUCGCCUGCGGAAAGCGGGAUCAUUGAGGACUUGGGACUCUCUCUCGCAGAGUACUCGCUGUUUGGUUCGAUCUUGUCGAUUGGAGCCAUUGUGGGUGCACUCUUGAGUGGAAGGAUUGCAGAUUUCGUCGGUCGCAGAGGUGCUAUGUGGGUUUCUGAUGUCAUCUGCAUCUUUGGGUGGCUUUUAAUUGGAUUCGCGCAGGAUGCUUUAUGGCUGGAUUGCGGGAGAGCAUUGUUGGGAUGUGGAAUUGGCCUACUUACUUACGCGGUACCUGUAUAUAUUGCAGAGAUAACACCAAAAAAUCUCAGGGGAGGAUUUACGGCACUUCAUGAGUUUGUGAUAGGUUGCAGCAGUUCAAUUGCAUAUCUAGUUGGAUCAAUUAUCAACUGGCGUGUAUUUGCACUGACAGGACUGAUUCCUUGUCUCAUACAGUUUCUCGGACUCCUCUUUAUCCCUGAGUCUCCAAGGUGGCUGGUAAAAAAUGGUCGGGAUAUGGCGUUUGAAGCUUCUCUACAACAGCUGAGGGGGAAGAAUGUAGAUAUUUCUCAGGAGGCAUCUGAAAUUAGAGACUACACAAUCUACCUCGAAUGGGUAACCCAGAAAGGAUUUCUCGACAUGUUUCAGCAGAAAUAUGCACGUUGUCUCAUUGUGGGAAUCGGUUUGAUGGUGUUUCAACAGUUUGGUGGGAUGAAGGGGGUCUUGUUCUACACAGCAUCAAUUUUUGAAUCUGCCGGUUUUCCUAGUCGAGAAGGGACUGUAUUAGCUGGAAUAACCAAGAUCAUAACAAGUGCAUUAGGGGUGCUGCUACUGACUAUAUAUGGAAGACGUCCCCUUCUACUGUUUUCUGCUGCUGGGGCAUGGCUGGGUGCUUUGAUCACUGCCUUAUCAUUCUUAUUCUGUGACAUUCAUUUAUGGAAGGAGCUAAGUUCGGUCUCUUUCCUUGUUGGGAUCUCGGUGUUCAUAGGGGCUUACGAGCUAGGCCUUGGCAGCAUACCUUGGAUUAUAAUGUCAGAGAUAUACCCUGUAAACAUCAAAGGUUCGGCUGGGAGUCUGUCGAAUCUGGUCAGCUGGUUCGGUUCUUGGGCAGUUUCAUAUUCAUUCAACUAUCUCUUCGAAUGGAGUUCUGCAGGGAUUUUCUUCAUUUAUUCAUGCAUAUGUGGCUUGGCCGUCCUGUUUAUCGCAAAACUUGUACCGGAGACAAGGGGACGAACACUGGAAGAAAUACAAAUCUCGAUUACAGAACAAGAAGGGUAAUGAGACAAACUGGUGUUGUCUUCAAUUUGCAGAGAGCAGAUUAUGAUUAAUUGGUUGGACAAAAAGAGGAAGGAAGAGCCUGACCGUAAAAGCAAUGCAAGUUAUGUAAGGCGUCGUCAAUCUAUUGGCCGACAUUAAUCAAUAUUUGGAUGUCGGCUUGCUCGGGAUACAAAGUGUGUCUAGUGAGUUUAGACCAUUGGCAGUGCAAUUUACUGAUUUCAUCGUCUCAUUGUUCAAGUUAGAUAAGUUUUCCUUUUGGCCACAAAAUUAUGUAAUUUUUUUAUAAUGUAAUUUUACCAAAAGAAUAAUACAAAAGAAAACUGUUCACGAGUAAUGUAAUCAUGAAUUUGCUUUU